AUGGCUGUGAAUUCAUGGACACAAGAAGAGAACGAGCAGUUCAAGGACGCAGUGCAGAGGUUCUCUGCCUUUUUUCCCAAUCGGUUCGAGUGUAUAGCCCAGCGUCUACAGAAAUCCGUUGUCGAUGUUAAGGAGCAUCACCAGGAAAUGGUCGAUGAUCUUCUAGAGAUCAGAUCGAGUCAAAUAGCUUUAUCUAAUGGGAUGUUCGAUGCAGUUGAGCCGAGUUGGUGCCGGAUCGAGAAACCUAUAUGGGACAUAGAGGUACAUGAAUGGUUCCUGAUCGGGUUAGAGCGGUUUGGGAGAAAUUGUGACAAAAUAGCGGUCUUAUUGGUUACCAAAACCCCAAUGCAAGUGGCGAUCUAUGCACGUAACUUCUUCUAUUGGCAAAACUCAAAGAACAAUGUAAUGAAGCGGCGGAGAACCAUGGACAUAACUAUGGGGGACGCCGGUGUGGACUCAUCUGGCCAACAAAAUAGAACUAUGAGGGGCAUCAAUAGGGACUCAACUGGCCAACAAGGGAGAACUAUGGGGGGCAUCUAUGUGGGACUCAACUGGCCAACAAGACAAGAGAGCGUAGUUCCUUCGCAGCCGCAACGACAAUAA